UCCUAUUAGAUCUCCACACUUGUUCUGUCUUUACUGUGAUUCCACCUACUGGGCCACACAUAAACCCAUGUGGGGCCCAGAAACUUUCCAGUGAACAGCAAAGAGCACAAUUGGAAAUAUCUUAAUACUCCACAGGUUUUAUCCAACAGGUUACAGGAUGAAGAUGAUCUCCAGGAUCCUGCUGCUCCUCAUCCUCAGCUCAUGUCUCUGUGCAACAUUUGUAGUGAAUGUGACACAGAGCAGCUAUCAGGCAGAGGAGAACCACAGCAUCACUCUGGAGUGGACCUUCACCACCAAGACUCAGGGAUCCUGGAGGGAACUGUUCAUCAUCUGCAGCUUGGUGGCUCCUCAUAAAGAACUAGUUCUCUAUCGGGUCCGUGAAGGUGUUGAGAUUCCAGAUUCUCAGGAUGAACAUUUUUCAGGACGAGUCCAGAUUGACAAAGACGUCCUCAGAGAAGGACGAAUCAGACUCCACGUGUCCAGACUGAGGACUGAAGACUCUGGUCUGUAUCUGUGUGACGUGAAAACUGAAGAUCGUUCCGACAAGGAAAAGUGCCAACUCAACGUUUCUAAAAUCAUCUCAGUUGUUCCUGGACAGAGCGUCUCUCUGCCAUGCCGACUCCCCAACAUCAAACCUGCUGUGGUUGUGCAGUGGACCCGACCGGACCUGGAACCAGAAUAUGUCCUCCUGUUCAGAGAUGAGCAGCCUGACCCAGAGAACCAGCAUCCAUCUUUUAGGAAGCGGGUGGAGCUGCAGGACAGACGGAUGAAGGACGGAGACGUGUCUUUGCUUCUGAGCAACGUGACGACCAGCGACUCGGGAAAAUACGAGUGUCGAGUUUUCCAGAGAGAAUCAUCCGGCAGGAAGACAGUAAAGUUGACCUCUGACCAGAUCAGGAUCGUCUUCCUGGAUGUAGCGCCUCCUCCAGAAAACGUGGAGGGAAGAAAAGAAGAUGGAAGCAGAAACAGACAUGUUGGACUGAUUAUUGGAGCCGUUCUGAUUAUUGUAGCCGUUCUGAUCGCCGCACUAAUUAUUGGUUGGUGUCUCUAUUUAACAAAGCAGAAGAUGAACACAUCACCAGACCUUCAAAAAGAACUAAACUCACAGUGAGGGUUAAGGACGGUUCUAGUUCAGAGAUCCCCAACCUUGAUCCUCAGAGUUCAACAUCCUCCAUGACUUGAAUGUGACUUUGCUCUAACAACUUGAUUGCAAUGAUUGCAUCAGCUCCUCUGCAGGCCAUCAGGUUCUGCUGAGGAGUUUUAAUCAUUGAAUCAUUUAUGUGGCUACAGGGAAAGUCCUAAAGCCUGCAGGACUUUGGGCUCUGAGGACCAGGGUUGGGAUCACUGCUCCAGUUGAACCAAGAUUGGUUUCUUCAGCUGUUACAGUUGAUAUCUUGAUGCAGUGAAAGUUUUCUAAUAGAUGACUGCAUGUUUUUUAAAAACUCAAUUGUUUGUAAAAGUUUUGUGUUUCUUUUUCUUGUUAAUUUUUUACCAAAUCAAUUUAAAGAAGCAGGAACACAUUUAUUAAACAUGUAUGCACAAAAAAACAGUUUUGCAACUUAAGAAUCAAUAAUUUUAGCUUCUGACUUUGUUCAAAACUGAGUGAGAAGAAAUUUAAAUUGUUAUUAUUCUUCAAUAUAUUUAUACAUAUAUGAAUAUAAUGAAGACUUUGGACACAUUCACAGCUUUUUUUUUAUCCAAACAGUUUCUGCUGAUAUAUAUGAAUUGUAACAUGAGAGUAAAUUACAGAAAGAGAAAAAGUUUCAUUCAAUAUGAGAACAAAGUUCCUGAAAUUGAAACUGAGUUACAUAAAUUUUAAAGACAUUUAAGCAUAAAUAAAUCCAGAUCUAUCAAGUA